CAUCUCUUUUUCACCGGAGGUCCUGGGUUCGCAGUGCUGAACCUUGAGGUGGUCACUGAUCUGUUCAACACGGAUGCAUCCUUUCCUCUUAUAGGACCCCAGUCGUUCGGUUGACAUCUGAGCAAGUUGGCUAAUCUUAGCUGUAAUACACACUACGUGUUGCAUUUGCGUUUUUACUUCGAGAACAUUGUGCCUGGCCAUGCAGUUGCCUAUACGACUACAUGUUGAAGAAGUUUAAAAAUGACUGAGCAAGUUUGCAGGCUGCAUGGCAAGCUGAUUUGAUGCAUGACAUUUGCAUGAGCGCAUUCAGGCUGUCUGUUGGAUUUCAAGAGUGCGGCUGCAGUCAUGGCCCAAACCAUGCACAUUAACGGCAAUGCCUCAGAAAAAGACGACGAUGAGAACGACCCAUACUGUUUGGAAACCCCAUAUGGUUAUCAACUAGACUUGGACUUUCUGAAGUAUGUGGAUGAUAUUGAGAGGGGCAACACCAUCAAGAAGCUAAACAUUCAGCGAAAGCCAAAGGUAGUCAGGUCGGUGCCACCACCACCACAGAGCAGUUGCAGUGGCCAGACUGAGUGGACUUCGACCGACUCCUUGUCCUCUUCCAACAGCGAUGAGAGUAAACAGUCACCCGUCUACUACACACCCCGGAACCAGGUAGCCCCGCCUGGCCAUACUGCCGAAGUCCAUGAAGCUCAACAAGCCUUCGUGAACGUCCCUGAGACCAAGCAGCUACUGCCACCGCCAUCUCCCCGCCUUCUUCGCCAUAACCCCCAGGUGGAGAAAACGCUAAUGGAGACUCGAAGACGUCUGGAGCAGGAGCGCCUCCUUAUGCAGCCACCAGCUAGUGAGCCUCCACGUAGGCGACUGGCCAGCUUUGGAGGGAUGGGCUCUUCCAGCUCCCUUUCCUCUUACAGUGGCUCAUAUGGGCCAGGUCAGUUUUCACCCAGCUCUCACUCUUUGCAACCUAAUGGACAUCUAGGCAAUGGCGAAUAUAACCUCUACUUAACAUCCUCCAUGGGCAGUUCAAUCCGCUAUAGCCCUCUCAGCUCAGGCGUGACCACACCAGUGAGCAAUGUUAGUCCCCUGCACCUCCAGCACAUUCGAGAACAGAUGGUUGUGGCCCUAAAGCGCCUUAAAGAACUUGAGGAGCAAGUAAAGGCCAUUCCAAUCCUUCAGGUCAAGAUCUCAGUCUUGCAAGAAGAGAAGAGGCAACUGGUGUCCCAAAUGAAGAACUCAAAGCUUGCUGGACAGGGAUUGGGUGGGGGUUUCAGAAAGCGUUCCUACAGCGUCGGCUGUGCUGAUCAGUAUGAACCACUGACCCAGCUUCAGACAGGCUCUGAGCUCCACAUUGAUGAGUUCGAGAACACAGAGCAGAGCUCUCAAAGGCUACAAGAGUUUAGACAACUGACAGCUGAGGUGGAGGCUUUAGAGAGGAAGAUCCAGGACAAUAGUGAGGAUUUGAUUCACAGCUCACAACAGACCGAGCAAAAAACUAUCCAAAAUGGCCAGCAGUGGAGUCGUGCGAGCAAGUCUAUUGGUGUUGGAACUGAUGAGAACAUGAACAAUGUGGUGGUCUAUCGUAAGUCACCUGAGAGGAGUAGAGAUGUGGCUGUGGGGACUGAGCAGGAGGUCAAGAGCACUGGAGUCGGGGUGACUGAAGCCAUGCUAGGCAUGAGCAGUGAAGUAGAAGCCGAGAUUGAGAUGCAACACCAGACCAUUGAAGCUCUCAAAGAAAAGAUCUACAGAUUGGAGGUUCAGCUUAAGGAGACAACCCACCAAAUGGAAAUGGGAAAACUGAAGCUUCAGCUUCAAGUGGCUGGAUCGAGAAAAAAAGCAGAUAAAGGUUUGAUGGCAAGGCCAGAAAUGUACAGCACUUCAGUGGAAGCCAGAGUGUCUACACAGAGCCAAGGCGUGGGCAAUCAUGUUGAGUUUAGUGACGCCUGCACUAAUAAUGUUCCACAAAUGAAUGCAGUAGGCAUUACAUGCAGACCAGAUGCAAGGAAUGUUGCUUUGGGUCCAGAGUUGCCAAUGGAUCGGUGGAUCGUACAAGAACGUGUUGAGGUUAAAGAGCAAUGUGUUGGCAGGCAGGUUGUGAUGUGCAACCAGAGUGUGGGAGUGGAAUUGAAUGUAUGUGAAAUGGGGGUAAACACGGAGUUAACUGCUGAAGGUUUAGGACUUUGCAAAACAGAGGCUGAACAGGCCAAGGAGUUCAGGUCUAUUGGAUGUGGAGAUUGUUCGGUGGAUGUAAUAGUCAAGCCCAUUACGGAGGUGGUAACUCGGAGUAUAGCAACUGAUGAAGUACACAAAACUGACCUGGGAAUCAUGGUCCUACCUAUGUGUGCAUCUCAGUACACGAACACUGUAGUAAUUGAGAAAACAAACAAGUUAACUAAUACAGAAAAGAUAUUCCUUACUGAUUCCUGCACGACCACUGAAUCAUAUUCAAAAGACAAACAAAUAAGCACAGUGCCAAUAGAGACUCGUACCAUUGCCAUUGGUGAUGGUCUUGUAAAAGAUGCGCCGACCACAUUAAAAACACGUUCCAUUUCAGUAGGUACAACAUCGGAAGAGGGUGUGCUUGACAGGAUGUUAUCAUGCAGAACUAAGGAGACUGGCGUUGGUCACACAAGCGUACAUGAAAAUUUCUUAGUUGGGCUAAAGACGAGGAACAUUGCCUGUGGCCCUUUUCAGACUCCUGCAGAGACCCAAGUACCCAAGAGUGUUUCCGUUGCAUCCGCGUCAUCAGCAGAGCCCCUUCAGCCACAGGCUAUGUCCGGUGUUGGACUUGAUCAUUACAUAGAGAGGGUCCAAAAGCUUUUGCAGGAACAGCAGACGUUGCUUGCCCAGAAUUACAGUGAGCUGGCAGAUGCAUUUGGUCCACCUCAACAAUACCAGUUUAGCUCCAUCAACAGUGAGCUAGUUACUACGCUAUCAUCCAUCAAUUCUGUUAUGAAAUAUGGAAGUGUUGAAGAGCUCCGCAGCAUGGACCUUCUGAGGCAGCAGGAGGACUCAGGAGGCAAUGCCUUGAAAGAAACACAGAAGUUUAGUGAAGUCAGUUCCCACUUAAGUAGUGUAAAGACUGAGACUACACGGAUACAAAGUGCGUGUACAGAAGAUUCACAGAGUACCGCUGCACAGAAGAGCCGCAUGGAUCAGCAGAUGUCCACAGCAUUGCAUGGCAAUCAAAGCACCCUGAAGUCCAUAAUGAAGAAGGACGGCCAUCAGGGACCUAACGGAACUAAAAAGAACUUACAGUUUGUUGGCGUGAAUGGAGGGUAUGAGACAACAUCAAGCGAUGACUCCAGCUCAGAAGACAGCAGCUCCUCUGGGUCAGAGGACGAAGGAGACGAGAUGGACCAGAUGGGGAACGUGAGAGAAAGGAGAAAAGAGGACUUCAGAAAUAAAGAAGCAGUGGAUGAAGACAGGGACAUGGAAGAUUUAGGCAAAGAGAAACGGCAGAGAUAUGAUUUGAAUGAGAAGAUGCUUUCCGCAUGCAACAUGUUUAAAACCCACCUCAGUGACCCCAAGGCUUUAUCUAGUAAAGAUGUGAGACCGUAUGUAAACACUGUGCAACAUGAGUGGUUCCGUGUGUCCAGUCAGAAGACGGCAGUACCAGAGAUGGUGGAGGACUACAUGAACGGGUUCAGAUCCAUCUCGCCUGCCCUGCUGCAGCAUGUCGUAAACAUGGCCGAUGGCAAUGGCAACACUGCCCUCCAUUACAGUGUAUCCCAUUCCAACUUCCACAUUGUGAAGAAGUUACUGGAAGCAGAUGUCUGCAAUGUCAAUCAGCAGAACAAGGCGGGCUAUACUCCCAUCAUGCUGGCAGCGCUCGCUGCUGUGGAGGACCCAAAGGACAUGAGGGUUGUUGAAGAGCUGUUUAGCAAAGGAGAUGUCAAUGCUAAAGCCAGCCAGGCUGGUCAGACGGGUCUGAUGCUGGCGGUCAGUCAUGGCAGAAUGGACAUGGUAAGGGCUCUUCUCGCCUGCGGGGCAGAUGUCAAUAUCCAGGAUGAUGAGGGCUCCACUGCACUCAUGUGCGCUAGUGAACACGGCCACGUUGAGAUUGUCAAGCUGCUGCUCGCUCAGCCGGGCUGCAACGCCACGCUAAGCGAUAAUGAUGAAAGCAAUGCCCUGUCUAUUGCUCUGGAAGCUGGACAUAAGGACAUAGCAGUGUUGUUGUAUGCCCAUAUGAACUUCUCCAAAGCUCAGUCACCAGGUACUCCUCGACUUGGAAGGAAGACUUCACCCAGUCCUACAAGAAGGGGCAAUGUUUGAUUAGAGAGCUUCUACCCCACCCUGUCUAAGCUGCUACUUUUUCAGGUUCUACUAGCCUACCAUUUUCAUCAGCUAGAAACCAAAUCAAUAGCGAAAGGGCUUUUGAAAACCUCAGCAGAUGGACAGUAGGCAGUUUUACUGAGCACUUUUACUGUUGUUAUUUUCCUUUCCUUGGCUUUUAGAUUAUAAUACAAAUGGACGUGCUAGCUAAGAGUCGAUAACUUUAAGACCUCAAAUCUCUGUACUCACCCUGAAUGUAUUCAGCAAGUAUUCGUUUGCCUGAAAUCACCAGCAUGUGACAGCACAAUGUCAGAGCUAGACAAUGACGUUAUCUGAAACAUGCCAAUAGAGUUGGCUUACUUCAGAUUGUUUUCACAUAAAUUUCAAAAUGUAUAAUAUAUAAAAAUAUCCAUGUAUUUUCCCUCCUUUAAGAUGUCUAAAGUACAUUAUCUACAGUCUCUUUCUCUGUUUUAUUUUCAAAAUAAUCAAUAAUUUAUAAUUACAAGAUGUGGCCAAUGUUGCCUGACAAUGAGGUUUUUUUUAUUUUUAUUUGAACCAUGUAUAUGUUGCCCAAUAUUUUCAGCCUUUGGAGUUUGUAUCUUUUUCAAAAUUUGUCAAAAUCCUGAUGUCCAGUGGGUAUUAAAGGUUGAAAUACAGAUUUUUCAACAUGUUAUAGCAAUUUUCUAGAUUGGAUAUGAAUUUUCUCCAUACUUUUAUACUUGCUAUCUAUUUAAAAAUCACAGUAUUUAGGACAUUUCAGAGUUGAUUUGUAACAUGAAGUUAUAUAUUUACCAAUUAAAAGUUUUUAUUGCAAAUAAUUGUAUGUUUGUAUAUAUUGUAUGUUUGCAAAAUUUGGAUGCAAUAGGUUUGGCCUGCCCUAAGUUAUGUAAUAAGCUAUUAUGUGUUAUAUCUAAUGUGGCAUCUUAUACAGUAUAGUCACAAUUGGAAUAACUGCGUUCAACUCAACCGGCUAUAAUAAAGUACUAAAAUGACA